AUGGCUGACAUGCCAACACUCCCAGAAGCAGCAAAAGUCAUGGUCGAUGAUGAUAUUAUUGGCCAUCCUGCAUCCAUUGCUUAUCACGACAGCCUGAAGCAGCUUGCAGAGUAUCUCCUUCUCCCUGUCAGCAUGUGUUCUGCCAAGGACCCAAACAGUAAGGCUGAAUGCCGGGCACCUGCACCGUUUGAAAUCAAUGUCAGGUCCAGGGGAACAGCUGCUGUUGUUGAAUGGAUGUGUCCUCGUGGUCACACAGUUUGGAAGUGGGCUUCCCAGCCCAUUUUAAAAUAUGGGAUGCUAGCUGGAGACUUCAUGCUUUCCACUAAUAUCCUGCUGUCGGGCAACAACUACGCCAAGAUCUCACUAUUGUUUAAGUUUAUGAACAUGGGGAUGGUGGAGAGAUCAAUAUUCUUUAGGAUCCAGGACUCCUACUGUGUGGACACUAUAAAGGAGUUCUGGGAUGAGAAGAGAGCUGCAGUCAUCACCCAGCUCAAGUCAAAAGGGCCAGUUGUAGCAUUGGGAGAUGCUCGCAUGGAUAGUCCAGGAUUCUGUGCACAGUAUUGCACAUACAGUGUCAUGGACAAUGGAUCCAAACAGAUAAUAUGCAUGGUCAACAUCGACAAGCGUGAGACCAUGCGGAAUUCUGUUAUCAUGGAGAAGGAGGGCUUCAUGCGGGCAUUUGAUAAACUAUGUGAAGAACUCAACAUUGAAGAAUUCUGCACGGAUGCUCAUUCUCAGAUAUCAGCCCUCUUCAAUAACAAAGGGAAAUAUAAAGACUGCGGCGUACGACACACCCUGGACAUGUGGCAUGGGUCCAAAAGUUUGGGGAAAAGAAUUCAUGCGGCAGGACAGCAAAGGGGGUGCACCAUCCUUCAGAUGUGGAGUAAGGACAUCUGCAACCACUUCUGGUAUUGCUGCAAGACUGCAGAUACAUAUGAAGAUUUUUUUGACAUGUGGGCUGGACUACUUCACCAUGUGACAGGAGAACAUGCGUGGGCCCUUGGAGCCUGUCAGCAUGGUCCCUUGGUGGAGGACAGAGAGAAGGAGUGGAUCCAGAAGGGUUCUGUGGCACACCAGAGACUGACAGAAGUGGUGCUUGAUGCACGCUGGCUAAAGAGCAUACACAAAUAUCUACAUUUUAGGUCAACUGCAGAGUUGGAGUCAUUCCACAAUCAUAUUUUAAUGUAUGCAAGCAAACGCUUCUGCUUUUCGCCACCCGUGUACGCUGCUUGCGUCAUGCUGGCUGGCCUGGACCAUACCACCACGUUGACCGACCAGCAAAGAGAAGGGCUGAUGGCUCUAUUCAAUACGGUAAGGUGUACAAUAAAAAGUCCAGGAAGUGGAGCCUUUACACACUAAAGGUUGAAAAGGACUACAGUUACAUUGUGGACCUCCAAAGUGCGAUUCUGCAGCGCAGAAUGUCUGCUACUGGGGGUUUGCCACGGACUAAAAAAAAGAGGCCCGAUGAUCCCCGUCAACAUGGGGUUCUGUCAGGUGUCCCUGCCCCAUCAACACAGGAGCUUUUGCAGAAUCAACUCAGCAGAGGGCUAGGUAAAUCACUGCCAAAGGAGUAGAUCAUCACAGCAGACAACGCAUCAUGCAAAGCCUGACCUGUCAGCCAUCCAUGGACACUCAUUUUCUAACAUAUAUAUAUAUUUCUAAUUUAUUAUAUGUAAAUACAGAUUGUUUAUGACAAUCAAAAACAACAAAAGGACAGAUAGUUGUUUAAAAAAGUAUUCCUCUUAGGUCUCUCUUGUUGUUGUUGGUGUUGUUUUUUAAUAAAACAAAAAGUGUUAUACCACA